AUGUACCUCACACUCUAUCACCUAGUCACCCGCCUCCCUGACUCCCUUCGCACUGUCAAAAACCACUUUCUCGCCCUCUCCCCUACUGACCUCACUGUUGACCUGCUCGAGAAGGAACUCCUCGCAGCUGAGAAGAGCAUUGUAGCUGUAGGUGCCUCUCGUGGCGACCCUCCCCCUCCCCUCUCCUCCCCUCCAUUGCAUAUGCUCCUGCUGUCGACUACCUCGGUGCUGAGGGGGUCGGGGCUGCGUCUGCUCCCAGUGGGAGGCGCAAGGGCGGCAGGGGCAAGGGGGGCAGGGGUGGCGGAGGUGGCGGCAGGGGCGGCGGCAGUGGAGGGGGUGGAGAGGGCGGGGGUGGUGGCGGUGGUGGGAGUGGCGCUGGUGGUGGGGGGGUCAGUGGCGGGGCAGGGGGUGGAGGCGGCGGAGGUGGCGGGGGUGGUGGUGGCAGUGGUGGCGGCGGUGGAGCAGGUGGCGAGCGCGGCGGAGCAGUGA